AUGGGCAGAGACCAUGAGCUUCUCGCGUUUGUCAGGAAGCUCAGAGCCCAGUAUGAUCACUUCAAUCAAACGAUCCAAAUCCUCUUUGGGUCCAUCUCGUCAGACACCGAGCUUGCGACGAUGAUGGCUGAUCCACAGCUGUCUAAGGAGCUGUGGAAGAGCAAGGAGAUGGCGCUCCGAGACCGGCUCCAGGAUGCUUAUACCUCAUAUCAAACCAUCAUGGAAGAAGUGGAGAGUAUAACAAAAAAGAUCGCGAUCAGAUUGAAUCUAGAUCGUGCAACCGAGCUCAACCGAAAUGACCUUGAAGCGUUAAUUGCCGCAAAUCCAAAAACGACUAACGACAGGUUUGAGUUCAGGAAACGCGUCAAAUUCGUGUGGAACAAAAACAAAGUCAAGAUACUACUAGACGAUCUGGACGAGUGCAAUCGACAACUCGAGCGAUUCACAGAAAAGAGCAAAAUGAUUGAGACGUGUCAUAAACCGAUGAAGCCUGUCUAUGCCACGCGCUUACACAAGUUGCAACGGUACGCCAAGGCUCUGCACGAGUCGCUCGCCGUGUGCUGGUCAUGCUCUUGCAAGUCUUCGCACAUGGCGCGUCUUCAACUUGAAGCUCGCGAUAACGUUUUUGCGCCGACGCAUCAAAAGAUGUUCCCGUCUUCUAAGAAUUCUUCUAAAACGAGCUUCAAUGUUACGUUCUCAACUGUCUCGUCGGAUGAAAAUGGUGUCCCCUGGUCGUUCCAAGCGGCCGAGAUCUGUGUCGAUGAUGAGGAAGACGCCUACCUGAAACCAAUGGGCUCCCCCAAACCAAACAAGAUGGGAAGAAACGCAAGCUUUCAGUCGCUUCCUCCGUACACAGAAGCAGACCCUGCGAAUAAUAUACUGCCGACUUACGAAGAAGUCAAGGACCUCUGCGCAUCUAUCCAGCAGGUGCACAAGAGUUCUUCAACGAUCGGAUUCUCGCUGGACAGCAAACAGAAAUUGCGAGGUGCGUAUACCCUCGACACUAGAGAAGCACACAUUCCCAGUGCAGAACUGGUAUCUCUCGAGACUCUACUUGAGCGACCCCCACUCGUCAAUGGAAGACGCUCCAAAUUUAGCAGGAAAGACAGAUUCAGUCUAGCCUUAACCUUGGCGUCUAGCGCAUUGUAUCUCAACUCCACCCCAUGGCUUCAUCAUGACUGGACAGCGCGAGAUGUCCUUUUCCACCGAACAACAGAUGCUACGCGCCCAGUCGAUCUCAGCCGCCCAUAUCUGUCUCCGACCGUAAUCGAUGGUCCAAACAACGGAUUGAAAGGUCCCAAGAAAAUGGAUUUCCAGAACAGCUUCCUGCUCGCGCUGGCUGUAGCAUUGCUUGAGCUUCACUGCGGAACUACUGCGGAGAAAUAUGAAGAGCUCGAACUUGGGAGUGAUACUACAGAUGCACCAAAUCACCAGAGUAUGAGACGUCUUUUAUUGGUACAUUCUUGGAUGCAGAACGAGGCGGAGGAUCUGUCUGCUGCGUACCAGGGUGCCAUCACUCAUUGCAUGAAAGAGUAUGUCAACCCUAACGCCAGUCUGCAGAACGCCGACUGCCUCCAAGCUGCAGUUGAAAACAUCGUGAUACCUUUGCAAGAAGAGCUCGAUCAAUUCCUGGGUAAAAAGCUCUAG